UAAAGUUUUUAAAGUUUAAGAGAACAUUUAGAUAGAGAAAAAAAACUUUACAAAUAAAAUAAUGAAAUUAUUGUUAAUAUUAGGUUUUGUUGGUGUUAUUUGCUGUGCAACACUAGUUAAACGUGAUAUCAAAGAUGAUCUGUUGAAAAAAGCCGUAGAAUUGGAGGCGAAAGCGGCCGAAGAGGUCAAGAAACUUGAGGCCGAGGGUCGCAAACAUGAAGCGGAAAUGCUUAGCCGUGAGGCUAAUGUACUCAAACGUGUGGCCGACGAACUAGAGAAAGCUACCGACCAGAAACAAAUUGAACACUUGGAACGGGAACUGCAGUUUAUUGAGCACCGAUUGGACGAAAUUAUUAAACACGACGAACGCACACACCCUCCGCAUCCGACACAUCCGACAGCGCCGCCGACUACCAGUGCGCCUCAAAUAGAUAAGCGCGAUAUCAAAGCCGAACUGUUGAAACGGGCCCAAGAGUUAGAGGUGAAAGCCGAAGCCGAGGCCAAAAAACUGGAAGCCAAAGGCGAACAUAGAGAAGCCCAACAGCUCAGACACGAGUUAGCCGAACUGAAACGGUUGGCCCACGAAUUGGAAGUCGGAACCGACGUCCGAGUCAUUGAACAUCUGGAGGUUCGGCUACUGGAACUGGAGAACCACAUUGAAGAUAUCAUACGACGCGAUGAACAAACUAGACCACCGCAUCCGACACAUCCGCCCAAACCCACUGACACACCAGCACCGACUGGAUCAUCCUAUAUACAGAAGCACAACGAUAUCAAGGAUGACCUAUUAAAACGGGCAGCCGAUGUUGAAAAGUUGGCAACCGAUGAAAUUAAGAAACUAGAAUCGGACGGCCGUAAACACGAGGCCCAACUACUCAGUCAUGAAGUUGAAGCCGUCAAACUAGUGGCCAAACGGCUGGCAGAGGCCAAAGAACAACACGAAAUCGAUCGGUUGGAAGUGGAAUUGUUGGUCAUCGAGAAUCGGGUAAUUGAAUUGAUUAAACGCGAUGAACGCACACCCAAACCGCAUCCCACAAAACCCGCACCGUCUACUACUAAGGCUUAUUAAGUCUUGUCUAUAUUGUUAUUAUAGUUUAAACUUUAAAACAUUUAAAAAAUAAUACUUUAUUAAU